AUGCAGGACAUGAUCACACAGCAAAAGAAGAAAAAAAACAAGAUCAGCUCCCUAACACCCUCCUCACCCUCUCCUUCCCCCUGGUUUCCAAAGCCAAACUGUAUCUCCCUUUAUUCUCUCUUAUUCCCCGCAGACUAUCCCUCACUUCCCCCACAUCUCACUGGGUCCCUUCAACACCCCCACACCCGUCUUCUGUCUACUUUUUCAUCCUCUCCCAUCUCCUCCGCCAUAAUCCCUUUCUUUCACUUUAGCUUGGCACAGCUAAUUGGUCACGUCUGUACUGUGACAUGGGGACCUGACAUAAUUGCUGGACAAAUACUUAGGCGUUUAGCUUCGGACCUGUCUCAGCUAAGCUGUACACAGACACCAGCCGACUGGAAAGCCUAA